AUGAAGUAUAGCAAAAAUAGGAAACUUGGUGUGCAUGUAGUGAUUUAUUUCUCAUCUUUCUUUUGCUCCCUCGCGCGCUCUCUCACUAUAUCUCUCUCUCAGCCUCUUGCUAGUUUUUCUUUUGGUCGAGAGCUCCACUCCCUGCCGCAAUGCUUCAUUCCAACACUAGGGGGCGAUGUGCCACAGUUCCUGGUAGAUGCCUGCGAGUUCCUGUCUCUUCAUCUCCACACCGAAGGCCUGUUCCGCAAGUCUGGCUCUGUCUCCAGAAUCCGCGCUCUCCAGUCUCGUCUAGAGCAGGGCGAGUCAGUUCUGUCCUCCUCCUCGGCGCCCCAGCCCUGCGAUGUUGCUGCCUUGCUGAAGCAGUUCUUCCGAGAGCUGCCUUCCCCCCUGCUGCCCCUCUCUCUGCAGGCUCCCCUCUGUCGGGCCCAAGGCUUACCGGAUCAGAACCAGCGCCAAGACGCCACGCUGCUCCUCACCGCCCUGCUUCCCGCAGCCAGAGCGCUAGCCCUGCGAUACCUCUGCACCUUCCUCAGGAGAGUGGCUGACAGGGUCUCCGAUAACCGGAUGAGCUCUGGAAGUCUGGCGCUGGUUUUCUCACCAAACCUGUUCCAGUGUCCCGGGACGGAGGGGCGGUUCACUGCAGGGACCGAGCGACUGCUGGAGAGGCAGACCGGUGUGCUGAGGACCCUGAUCGGGGAUCCGGAGCGCAUCGGCACUGUCCCAUCGUCCAUUCUGGACACUACGUCGCAGUCUCCGUCGAGGGCAGAGCCAGGGUGUGCCACUCCCAGCGAUGAGGUCAUGGAGGAAAGCGAGGAUACUCGCGUGGACAGCGCCACCAAGAGGAGGAGAAGGCGCAGCGUGGGAGAGAUCUUCGCCGAUGCGCUUGGCAAACUGAAGACCACCCGGACCCCCACAAACAUUCCCAUUCAACUGGACAGGAAGUCUGCCCAGCAGGGGGCGGUGAGUCUCUCGGUUCACACCUCGUUCACCGCCAAACGCAAAGCCCCUGAGGAGGCGGUACCUGGGCCAGAGAGCCCAGCGAAGAAGAGGCGGUCAGUGCAGGACUCCAGUCAUGACCCCAAGAUCCUGUGUCUCUCUCCAACAGCAGCUCUGCUGGCCCCCGAGGGCCCAUGUGAUGUCGUUCCCGGGAGUCCGGGGAGCUACCUGGAGCGGACCGGCGCCCCCCCACCCCGACGCACCACUCCCCAGUCCUCCACGAAGACGAAGAACAAGACGAGGAGAAGGAGAAGCACUCGCACUGACCUGAAACAAACGCAGAGGCUCGCCUCGGGCCGGGCCUCUUUCCUCACUCCUGUGAAGGUGGAGAGGAGCACCGGUCUCCGGAAAUCUCUUCGCCUCUUCACCCUGGGACAGCGCGGCAGCAGGGACCUGAGUGCACUGGGGUCUCUCAGUUUCGAGGCAGGCAGUUGGACGCUGGGCAGGAAGAGGGUGAUUGACAGCCCAGGUGGACCUGCCCACUUUGAAGGGGAGGAGCUAGCUUCUGGACCCGCCCAUUUGGCUGACACAACAGGAAGUGAGUUGGAAGUGGCAGAAAUUGAUCCCCACAUCCCAACCUCCAGCUUCCAACGCAGCCCAGUGGAGCCGAGCUCCCCUGACACCAGCCUCACAGUGCAGGUGGACACCCCACUGCAGCCAGAGGGGAGAGAGAGGGAGGAGGAAAGGAAGGAGGAGGAGAAGAGAGAGAAGGACCGGGAGAAGAUAGAAAGGGAGGAGAGGGACAGGAACUGGCUGUCGUUCAGUCUGUUUAGAUCGGGCCGGCGAGGCAAGAAAGCCCCCAGGAGAUCCUUGAGUCUGCCUGAGGGAAUAGCAGAACUUGGGGGUAAACAGGCAGAGGAAGGGGAAGGAGAGGAAGAGCAGGAGAGAGUGAUGGAAGAGACGGGAGAGGUAGAGGAGAAGAGAGAGGAAUCCAGCAUUUUUCGGAUGGUCAUGCAAGAUGCCUGGCCCCCGAGGAGGAAGGAUGAGAAGGAGGAGGAGGAGAAGGAGAAGGAAGAGGAAGAGGAAGGAGACAGGCCAGUUAAGAUGGUAGUUCCAGAGUUGGUUGCCCCGCCUGCUGGAGGGGAAGAGGAGAGGGAGGAGGAGGAGAAGAGAAUGGACUGCAGCUCUGUUUCUGCUCCUGUGGAAGAUGAUGAGGGAGGGAGAGACUUUAAGAAAGUGUCUCAAGUCUCUUCGGACCCCGACUCCUCGCGUCUCUCCGUCACCGAUCGGAUUCGCUGCUUUAACAAGCUCUCCUCCCGCCUCUGGUCCCCCUGGCCGGGCUCCAGCUCAAACGUGGCUGCUUCAGGGGCCCGGCCCCCUUUGCAUUUCCAGCGCAGCCCUGUUCUGAGAGUGGCUGAGCGUUUCGGGGGCACUGGAGUGGGGAGCGUUGUAAAGAGAAAGGGGGCGAGGCGAUUCGGGAGGUCUCUGAGUCACGAGAGUGUGAUGCGAAUACUGGAAGCUCAGAAGAAAGAGGGAGAAAUGGAUGGAGAUGAGGAGGAAGAGAAAGUGCUCCAAGCUCACAGCCAGCCCCAAAACAGUAUCACAAACCUGGCCAGUUCUGCUGUAUCACCCCCUGCCACCCAGACUCCUGUAAAAGGACCCCAGAGGUCCCCAAGCUCAGAGUCAUCCCCACAUGCAGACCUUUCUCUUGAGUCAGGCGUUGCAGGUGGAGAGGAGGUGAUACAGGGGGUCCCCGAAAUUCCCUCUUCUCUUAUCGAGAAGCGGGUCACUUGAGCUGUAGGAUCACUUUUUUUAUGAUGAUUUUCUUGCAUAACUUCAUCAGGAUGACAUGGUCAGAACUGUCAGAGGCUGGCUGAUCUGUCUUCAACGCAAAACAAACAGGCGUUUCUGCAGCUUGACUUUAGUUUGUACCCCAGUUUCAUCACUGUUAUCGGUGUUGCUUUUCAAGAUGACAGCUGAUCUAGGAGUGUGUGAAACUUGCUGUUAAAAGAUAUGAAUAAUGUCUUGAUUGCGUUCCCAUUUUUCUCUGUCACUCUCACUCUCUCGCUCUCUCUCUAUCACUGAUUCGAUUGUAAGUCUCACAGUUUUAGGUAAUUUAGAGAGGUAAUUGAUUUUAAAAAGUGUUUUUGGAUUAUAAUUGGUUUGUGUUUAUGUGUGUAAAAUAUAUAUAUCUAUAGAUAUUUUUUUCUUUAUUAUAUAAAAAGCUUUGUUUUAUUUAUAAAUGUAUCGAUGUGAGUGCACACGUUUCGCUGUGUUCUAGAACCUGACACAAAAUAUUAAUUUGUUGUUGUUAUCAUUUGUUUCUUCAGAAUAAAAUUAUUUGUAUUUUUUGUUUUCUUUUUAAAGAAUUUCAUCUGAGGCUCUGUAAUUUGAACACACUCGCCAAUGCAAAAUAUUAUUGUUAUGCAUUCUAUGAUAAAUAUUUGUCCUUUUUUUCCGCAUUUAAAUAAACAAUAUCAAGCUAGUUAACAAGUGUUAGACGAUAUGUCAAUAAACAUCGACAUCGCGGUACAUGCAUUUCAUAUUCUUCAGUAGCGCAUUAUAAACGGGGGAUUGGU